AUGGAAAUCAAGGACUCGAGGGAACUGAAGUGGCCUCCCAGAUUGCGGUCUCUUCCCGAUACUCGUGACAAGACGAAUAUUGAAGCUCUUAUAAAAAUGAGAUUUUUGGGCUCUUACAUUAGCAAUGACAAGUGCCUAAGGGAUAAUCAGAACGGAGGCAAAGGCCUAGAGGGUCGGGGAAACAGGCAACCAUCUGCCAAUACUAUCAAUAUCAUUGUCGAAGGAACAGCCUCGGGAGGAGAUUCUAGCAGCGGGCAGGACAUCACUUUUGGAAUGGAGGACUUGGAAGGCAUAGCAUUCCCUCAUGAUGAUGCUCUGGUCAUAUUGGCCAUCAUCGUGAACUUUGAAGUCAAGAGAGUUCUAGUAAGUAACGGAAGUGCAGCAAACGUACUGUCUCAUGAAGCCUUUGUUCAAAUGGGGAUCUCAUCAGAACAGCUCAAGCCAGUCAAAACACCCCUCCAAAGAUUUGGAGGUGGGGUCAUCACCCCGAAAGGUAUCGUCGGGUUGCCCUUAACAUUGGGGACAGAAGGUAAAGACACAAAUCACUACCUUUGA